UUUUUCAUUAGCAACCAAUUACAUUUAAAGCAGACCGACUCCUCUUUCUACGAAGCAUCUCGUGCACGUCGCGUCAGUUGAGUUCCAUUCCAACGUUCAGACUUCCCCCAAGUCUUAACACGCGAAGCGAUUCUUCCUUCAUUUCCAACCUCUUCAGGUUGCUGCUGGAAUAAGGGAGCAGCGAAAAAUCUUUGUGGAUCUUUAGUAAGUUUGAAGCUAUAACUCUGAAAUGAGUCAGAGAGGCUUAAUAUACAGCUUUGCUGCGAAGGGAACCGUUGUUUUAGCAGAGCACACUUCGUACUCGGGGAACUUUAGUACCAUUGCUGUUCAGUGCUUACAGAAGUUGCCGUCGAAUAGCAGCAAGUACACAUAUUCGUGUGAUGGGCACACAUUUAAUUUCCUCAUCGACAGUGGAUUUGUUUUUCUUGUUGUUGCGGAUGAAUCGGUUGGAAGGAGCGUGCCUUUUGUGUUUCUAGAACGGGUGAAGGAUGAUUUUAAGCAGCGUUAUGGUCCAAGUAUCAAAGAUGAGGGUCCACACCCACUUGCAGAUGAUGAUGACGACGACGAUCUGUUCGAGGACAGAUUUAGUAUUGCAUACAAUCUGGACAGAGAGUUUGGGCCAAGGCUCAAGGAGCACAUGGAAUACUGUAUGAACCACCCAGAAGAAAUGACCAAGCUUGCCAAAUUGAAGGCUCAAAUAUCUGAGGUCAAGGGGAUUAUGAUGGACAAUAUCGAGAAGGUUCUGGAUCGUGGGGAGAGGAUUGAGCUUUUGGUUGAUAAAACGGAAAAUUUACAGUUCCAGGCUGACAGCUUUCAGAGGCAAGGCAGGCAACUUAGAAGAAAGAUGUGGCUGCAGAAUCUCCAAAUGAAGCUGAUGGUAGGAGGGGCGAUCUUCUUCGUGAUUGUCAUACUGUGGCUUAUUGCCUGUGGAGGUUUCAAAUGCUGAUGGCUAAUAGCAAAAUGGAGUCUUCAGUAGCACCUAGGCUGUCGUUUUUGUGUUAUUUGGUGUUCAAAUUUUCAUUAUUCCUGUAUAUGGGAGACCUUUGGUGUUGGAAAACUUUACUGCGUGUUUGACCUUGUAAUUAAACCUCUGUACUUCUUGAUUGUUUUAUUAAUUAGUUCCUAAUCUAGAGACGGACAAGUCUAUUGAGAA